AGAUCCUACACAAACUCCUCUUAGAAGAAGUUUCUUGUAUAUUCAUAGGAGAAGAAGAAUGGCUAGGGAUCAAUUACAAGUGUUGAAUGCACUUGACGUGGCCAAGACGCAAUGGUACCAUUUCACGGCGAUCAUUAUCGCCGGAAUGGGAUUCUUCACUGACGCUUACGAUCUUUUUUGCAUCUCUCUCGUUACGAAGCUCCUCGGCCGUAUUUAUUACCACGUGGACGGCUCAGAAAAGCCUGGGACUCUCCCUCCCAAUGUUGCAGCUGCCGUCAAUGGCGUUGCUUUCUGUGGGACCCUCGCCGGUCAGCUCUUUUUUGGGUGGCUUGGUGACAAGCUCGGGAGGAAGAAGGUUUAUGGUAUGACGUUGAUGGUCAUGGUCCUUUGUUCAGUAGCCUCUGGUCUCUCUUUCGGACACGAGCCAAAAGCUGUAAUGGCCACGCUCUGUUUUUUUCGGUUUUGGCUUGGAUUUGGCAUCGGCGGGGACUACCCUUUAUCUGCAACGAUCAUGUCUGAAUAUGCAAACAAGAAGACUCGCGGCGCCUUUGUCUCUGCGGUUUUCGCGAUGCAAGGGUUUGGAAUCAUGGCUGGUGGAAUUUUCGCUAUAAUAAUUUCCUCUGCUUUUGAAGCUAAGUUUCCAGCCCCGGCCUAUGCGGACGAUGCCUUGGCAUCCACGGUUCCUCAAGCUGAUUUGGUAUGGCGGAUAAUCCUGAUGGUUGGUGCUAUCCCCGCGGCAAUGACGUAUUACUCGAGGUCGAAGAUGCCUGAGACUGCAAGGUACACGGCUUUGGUUGCUAAGGACGCAAAGCAGGCAGCUUCGGACAUGUCUAAGGUUCUGCAAGUGGAGAUAGAGCCAGAACAACAAAAAGUGGAUGAGAUCUCAAAGGAGAAGUCCAAGGCCUUUUCCUUGUUCUCGAAGGAAUUCAUGAGUCGCCAUGGGCUUCAUUUGCUAGGCACUACAUCCACAUGGUUCCUUCUCGACAUCGCUUUCUACAGUCAAAACCUUUUCCAGAAAGAUAUUUUCAGCGCAAUCGGGUGGAUUCCUCCCGCAAAAAGCAUGAACGCAAUUCAAGAGGUUUUCAAGAUCGCACGAGCACAGACGCUCAUCGCCUUGUGUAGCACGGUACCUGGUUACUGGUUCACAGUUGCGUUCAUUGACGUCAUUGGAAGAUUCGCGAUUCAAAUGAUGGGCUUCUUUUUCAUGACGGUCUUUAUGUUUGCUCUCGCUAUUCCUUACAACCACUGGACUCACAAGGAGAACCGAAUAGGAUUUGUUAUCAUGUACUCGUUAACAUUCUUUUUCGCCAACUUCGGACCCAAUGCAACAACCUUCGUUGUGCCGGCGGAGAUCUUCCCAGCCAGGUUCAGAUCAACCUGCCACGGUAUCUCUGCAGCAUCAGGCAAAUUAGGAGCAAUGGUUGGUGCGUUCGGGUUCUUGUACUUGGCUCAGAGCCCAGACAAGAACAAGACGGACGCAGGAUACCCUCCAGGGAUUGGGGUCAGGAACUCGCUUAUUGUGUUGGGUGUGGUUAACUUCUUAGGUAUCCUCUUCACUUUCUUGGUGCCUGAAUCUAAAGGGAAGUCUCUAGAGGAAAUGUCCGGUGAAAAUGAAGACAAUGAGAAUAGCAUCAGUGAUAAUAGAACGGUCCCAAUAGUUUAGGUGAUAAUACACCUUCUGUAAUAAUUUUCUUCUUUUUACUCCUUGUCUCUAGCAACUCAAGUUGUUCCUUGUGUAAUCCGUUGAUGCCUAAAUGCAAGAGAAAUCAAAUUUAGAGAUACAU